UCUCUCCCUCCAACGGUUCAAUUGUUGCUGACCGCCUCUCUCCCUGACUCUCUAAUGGGUAAAAGUUUUACCAUUCAACUCUCCCAAUUCUCCAUAGAAGACAAUAAGAAAGUCGUCAAAGACUCAAAAUUGAACUAAUUUGGUCGAUUGACGACGCAUAAUGGUGAUUGAACUGGCGGAGUUUGUGGAGUUUCUGGUCCCGUCGGGGUGGGAGAUCAAGGUGACGGUGGCGGCGUCGGUUUUCGUGAUUGGGGCGUAUUGGUUCUUCGUUUACGCUGGAGGUGGAGAUGCCGAACGAUCGCAGCAACUUGGUGAUGGUUCUGGGAGUUCCGUGGAUGUAAUUGAUGAUAAGUAUAAGAUGGGCCAGAUGAAAGGAGAUCUGCAAUCCAAUUCUCCAUAUAUAAUCAAGGUGGAAUUGUUGGCGGCAAAAAAUCUUAUUGGUGCAAACUUAAAUGGCACUUCAGAUCCUUACGCUAUAAUUACUUGUGGUUCGGAGAAGCGAUUCAGUUCAAUGGUCCCAGGCUCCAGAAAUCCCAUGUGGGGAGAGGAGUUCAAUUUUUCUGUUGAUGAGCUUCCUUCUGAGAUUAACGUGACAAUAUAUGAUUGGGACAUAGUUUGGAAAAGUACUGUUCUUGGUUCAGUGACUGUUAGACUAGAAAAUGAAGGUCAAACUGGGGCUGUUUGGCAUACAUUAGAUAGCGCAUCAGGGCAGGUUUGCCUCCAUAUUAAAACAAUAAAACUCCCUGUAAAUUCUUCCAGGGUUAUGAAUGGCUAUGCUGGGGCUAAUGCUCGACGACGGAUAUCGGAUAAACAAGGGCCAACAGUGGUUCAUCAGAAGCCAGGGCCUUUGCAAACAAUUUUCAACCUCCUUCCCGAUGAGGUUGUUGAACAUAGUUAUUCAUGUGCACUUGAGAGGUCAUUCUUGUAUCAUGGCCGCAUGUAUGUCUCUGCAUGGCACAUAUGCUUCCAUUCUAAUGUUUUUUCUAAGCAAAUGAAGGUGAUUGUACCAUUUGGAGAUAUAGAUGAGAUACGGAGGAGUCAACAUGCAUUUAUUAAUCCUGCCAUAACUAUAAUCCUUCAGAUGGGUUCGGGUGGGCAUGGCGUACCUCCUUUGGGAAGUCCUGAUGGUAGAGUGAGGUAUAAGUUUGCAUCAUUUUGGAACAGGAAUCAUGCAUUCAGGGCAUUGCAGCGUGCAGCAAAAAACUACCGUGAAAUGUUAGAAGCUGAGAAGAAGGAGAGCGCAGAGUCGGCCUUGCGUGCACAUAGUAGCUCUAUUAAAGGAAGUAGAAGGCAGCCUAAGAUUCCUGAAGAUAGUGUCUCGGAAACUGAAAAACAUCAACCAUUUAUCAAGCUGGAGGUCCUUGUUGGCAUAUACAAUGAUGUCUUCCCAUGUACAGCUAUGCAGUUUUUUAAUAUAUUGUUAAACGAUGAUUCUAAUUUUACGAAUGACUAUCGGUCACAACGAAAGGAUACUAAUCUUGUGAUGGGGCAGUGGCAUACUGCUGAUGAAUAUGAUGGCCAAGUAAAAGAGAUAACGUUCAGAUCCCUCUGUAAUAGUCCUAUGUGCCCACCUGACACAGCCAUGACAGAGUGGCAACAUUCUGUUUUGUCACCAGAAAAGAAAAUACUUGUGUUUGAGACAGUACAGCAGGCACAUGACGUCCCAUUUGGGUCAUACUUCGAGGUACAUUGCCGGUGGCGCUUGGAAGACAAUUCUGAAAAUUCAUCUACUAUAGAAAUAAAAGUUGGUGCACAUUUUAAGAAAUGGUGUGUGAUGCAAUCCAAAAUCAAGUCAGGAUCUAUCAAUGAGUAUAAAAAAGAUUUGGAUUUGAUGUUGGAUGUUGCCCGCUCGCAUAUCAAAUCACAUACUUCUGGUGAUGGGAUCGAAAAGGCCUCAUCGUCGCCCUCUGCAGCUCAAGAAAUCAGCUGACACUAUCAGCAUAUCAGGUUGGGUUAUUUAAUUGCCUUGUUUAUGGUAUCACUUAAUCUCAGUACAUAAUAACAUUCUACAUGUAAAAGCAAAGAUGCUUGUGUGAUGUCAAACCUAUCGUCUUCUUGCAAGAGUAGUGAUGUGUUUCUAUAAUCAUAGAACGUGAACCUCUGCAACUCUAUCACUAUGUCAAUCGGGCCAUAUGUUAGCGCUAUUGUAUAGAAAUGAAGAAAAGAAGUUUGCAUUCCUUUA